AUGAUAGAAUAGCUCUGCACUAAGGAUUUCCCAAAUUGAUUUUUUUUAUUUUAUGUAGAAAAUCUGUUAUUUUUUGCAGAAAGACGUCGUCUGUGUAUUCUAAAAGAUCUCCAACAUGCAUGUUGAUUUUUUAAAUCUCUGCUGUUUGCUGCUUUUCAUUAAUAGCUAUUUCACUGCCCUCAGUCUUGCAGAUGAAAGUCUGUACAACAUUUUAGGGAUUAAAAAGACAGCAACCCAGAAAGAUAUAAAAAGGGCAUACAAGAAAUUAGCAAAAGAAUGGCAUCCAGAUAAAAAUGAUGACCCUGAAGCCACAGAUAGAUUUACAAAAAUCGCUGAGGCAUACGAGACUCUUGGUGACCCGGAAAAGAGAAGCGAAUAUGAUAACUUUGGUUACACAUCGUCUAAUGCACGCCAGCCUAACAGAAGACAGCAUGGUUUUGAUCCAUUUGACUCAUUCUUCAACGGCCCAAAUGGCUUUCAUUUCAACUUUAACUUUGGUGGUGGAAGUGGUGGCGCAGAAUCUAUCAUAGAUAAACAUACAAUCAACCUAAGGCAGUAUGAAACAACGAUCCUUCCAAACAGUUAUAGGAAGCCAUGUGUGAUAUAUGCAUAUACAGACUUUUGUUUUAACUGUAUGAGAAUUGAAGGCAUUGUUGAGAAGUUUCUGACAGAACUGAAGGGAGUUGGUGUAUGUGGGGCGGCAUUCCAUGCAGGACGAGCCGGUAACUUGGCUGCACAACUACGUAUAAGCCAGGUACCAUCCAUCGUAGGAGUAAUUGGGGAGAGAAUCAGUUACUACAGGGGACCAGUCAGUAUACAUGGUCUGAGAGACUUCAUAAGGCAUUUGUUCCCGUCAAAUUUUUUCACAAAGAUUGCUGAUUCAACAGUUCAUCAAUUUCUUGAUGGUUGGCCGGUAGAUAAUAAAGUCAGGGCAAUAUACUUUAGUCCACGAGAGGAGAUGUCUGUACGGUUCCUGGCCUCGGCAUUCUACUACAAGGACAAUGUCGCAUUUGGAUUUGUUAACACUAAGUUAGAUACAGCGGGUGCCGUGAUGAGUAAAUACAACAUCAACAGGAAUAGGGAGACACUGCUCAUGUUUAAUGAAGAAACGGUAUCGCCAGUUGCAUCAAUCAGCAUGCAGCAGUUAACCAGAGCAUCGUUUGACGAGGUGAUAGAAGGGAACAAAUACCUGGCAUUACCCAGGCUGUCCUCACAGAAAUUCUUCGAAGAACUAUGUCCAGAGGAAUAUAAAGUGAAAAACAGAAGGCUAUGUGUAGUGCUCUUCACCAAAAAGGGAAAGGAACAUGACGGUCAUCGUGAUGGCUUUAGAAAGUACUCCCAGCGUUCUCGACUCACAGAUAGCACCAGGGUGCAGUUUGCCUAUGUGUAUGAAGACACACAACAGGAUUUUGUCAAAGCUUUAUCUAAAGGCAAACAGUUGCAGUCUGGAGAACAGAAACUGAAGGUUGCUAUUUUGUGGAGGAUGGAGAAGUACCAGAUGAAGUAUGAGUGGCUGGAGACAGGCUGGGAACCAGAGAAAGAAAAACAGUGUGGAACUAUGUUAGAGAAACGCCUCAAUCUACUACUUACAACUGAUACAGUCAUGCCAUAUAAAGUUACCCCACCACAGCUCUUCAAUGAACAUGGCCUGGGACUUCUUACCAGGAUCGGAUAUAAAUUCCUGCACUGGGGAGAGAAACUUUGGAGCUAUGUAGCUUAUGUGGACAGCACAACAUGGGUGACAACAAUUCUGUCUUUAGUCUUUGUAUUUGGCAUGGGAUACUUUGUUCACAAACUGGCCUCCCUGGAAGAGAUACAAGUACAGAGUUCAGUUCCGCAGAAAACACGGCCUAGACCCUCUUCAAGAACAUAUGAUGCGAAGAAUCUGAACAUGUAUGAGCUGGACUAUAGAACCUAUGCAGAGCUAGUGAGUGAAGCUGAUACAGGGCUUACCAUUACAAUCCUGGUAGACAAGGAGACCAAAGAUAGACUUGUGAAACAGUUUGCUAAAAUUGUACAUCCAUACUCGAGGUACAGCGCUUUAACUUUUGCAUUUUUGCAACUGGAGUACAAUAUAACCUGGUAUCGUACUCUACUUGAAGAAACUCUAGACGAUGUCAAGCUCGACAAGAUAAAUAUAAAAAAUUGUAUAGGAACAGUUCUAGCGUUGAACGGUUAUAGGAAAUACUACUAUAUAUACAGUGCAAAGCGAGCGAGGCAGUUCAUUCGUGCGAGGAAUAAUGUCUCGGAAGCUCUCGGACUUCACGAUCUGGAUGAGAAAUCGGACGAGGAGGACGACAUCAAAGAUUAUUUCUUUCUCGAUGAGGUUUUAGACGGGUUAACAAUUUGGAUGGAUAAAAUAUUUGACGGCUCAAUUAAAAGGAUAAGAAUAACAAAAUGGCCAGAAAUGACAGGUUAAUGUUUUUGUAACACGUUACACCAUGUGUAUUCAACAAUGAAGUGUUCUGAUGAUAUUCUAUUACGUUACAGAAUUAGUAAACUGGAUCAACAAUUUUACAAACAUCACAGUACUUAGAUUCUUUUGAAGUUUGGGUUCUUGUGGUUCUUCCUCGGAAAAUUGUAAUCUGAGUAGCUCAUUUAACACAGGGUAUGGCUAUACACUGUUUUCUUUAUCUAGCCUAUGGAGUGAUUUUGGGUCUAAAGAUCUCUUGAACAGGGAUUUCUGGUAGUCUUUUAUUCCAGUAAGUUAUUUCUAACAGGGUGAAUUACUUUACACUAUUUUUUGCAUUUAUGCAAUCCUGUUUUAAACAAAGAUUCAUGGAAAUUCAUUAGCCCUCAAAAACUCAGUUGGCAAACAAAACUCAUUAUACAGAAAUUGUGACUUGAUAAACUUGCAAUGCUGCUGGUAAUAACUGUCAAAUAUUUUAAAACACUUCAUUGUAUGGUUACAUUACUAUCCAAAAUUUUUAGAGACUACUGUGAAGGCACUGAAGAUUUGCAUUGACAUUUCAUAUUUCUAGUUUGAAAGUAAGUCCACAGUUCAAGAUUUAAAAAAAUACAGUUUGUAGACCAGUCUUAAAAUUCUAACAUUUGAUUGGCUGAUUUUGAGCUCUGACUUGAAAUUGACCAAUGGCAAGGCUGCAUCUCAAGACUGGUCUCUGAAGUUAGUUUAUAAUCUUUGAACCAGUUUAAUGACAGUAAGCUUAAUAAGUAUCUUAAAUGUAAAAUUAGAAUUUUACUCUUUCUACAAAUUUACUGAGAGAAUUGAAGAAAUGUACAUUGCAGGAAUAUAAACUUUAAGGUCUUCAUAAAGCAGCUACUACAUGUAGUUGACAAAGAAAAUAACUAACCAGUCACUCCGGUUUGAAGUGAUGUAAUGGACAAGUCAUGGUGUUUGCAUAGAUCAUCAUUUAGUAUAAAUUAUUAGAAAAGAUAUAUACAUAAGCAGUUAUCUGUCAUGCAAUUAAUUCAGGUAACAAAAAAUACUCUGUUACUGUGAAAUCACUAAAUUUCAUGGAUUUUUUAGUUUCGCCUAUCCACAAAGUGAAAUCCUGAAGUGCAGAGAAAAUUCUUACAUACUUUUAGUAUCUGUUACUCGGACUUGGAAAUCACAAAAUUUAGGCACUAACAAAAUAAUAUGUUUUGCUAAAAAAAUGAAAUUUUAUGAUAUUACAGUAUAUUUUAGAGUUACACUUUUAUUUAUUAUUUCCACAAGUUUAUCACUGCAGCUGUUUGUAUCUGAAAUUUGAAAACUCAAAUGUGUGUUUUCUUGUGCACAUAUUUUUUAUGCUUUAAAAGAACAUAUUUCAUUUGUACAGGAGCUUCAGUAUAGGGGAAUAUUACUUUAUUUAUUUACAUUUUUAUGCCCCCGGCAUCUACUGGAGGCAUAUAGUGAUUGUCCUGUUCGUCCGUCCGUCUGUACGAGGUUAACCAAAUGGGACAGUUUCGUCUAGCAUCAAUACCGCUUACAAGAAUGUAUUGAUACUAAUACAGAUGUAACCUGUGACCAUUCCUCAUCUUCAAACAUCACCUGACCUCAGUUUGACCUUAACCUCGUUUUUGACUUAGGUUGUUUUGUAUCGACAAGGAUGCCACCGGGGCAAGCGUUUAUUGAACGCAGCUCCUUGUUUGAUAAAAUGGUUUUAAGACAUUGCUGUAUUGUGUGUUUUGUCCUGUAAUUCCAGAUAUGUACCAUUGUCUUUCAAUACUGAGUCUAUUGAUCUUGAUAUUUAUUGUUUUACAACAAACUUUGAUGCAAUGUUUAGCAUCAGUCAGAAUCCUCAUGUUGACUAAUAUGUAAGAACGAUAGCCUAGUGUGUUAGAUUAAUUAUGAUUAAGCAUUUGCUUGUCAUUUGCCAGAAUUUGUCUGGAUAGUCAACUGUUUGGAGCUUGGAUAAUGAAAAUAAGUCUGAUAUUACGAUACAAUAACUUGUUUUUUCUUAUCACAGUGACUGUUUCAUUAAAUUGAACAAAAUGUUACAAAUACCUUUACAUGAUUUAAUUUUGUAUUUCUAUCGACUGAGUGGAUAUAUAAUACUAGAUUUGGUAUAGUUUUUUGAUAUGUAUUCUAGGCAUUAUGAAAGCAUUCAAAUUUGUCAAAGAUGAACAUUUUAGUGGAUGGUCACAAUAUGAAGUUCAACCUUAAGUUAAUUAGCAAAUCACAGCUAUGAUGCACCCAAACUACCUUUUGUCUCAUUUAAAGAUUUGCAUGGAAAUUCUUAAGAUAGAAGUGCUGCUGCUGUUUAAUUCUGCAGAUAUUUGCUCCAUUGCAUAAUUUAUCUACUUACAGAAAUUGUUUGUUUUAUGUAAGAUACCUUGUUGUUUUGGUAUUUUCAUGAUUUCUAUGUAAUUUUUUUUAUGUUUUUUAUAUCAAUGAACUGCCAAGCAGUUGACCUGCCAAAAAAACGUGUUUACCAGUAAGUCAAUCAUUUUGUAUGUUAAGAGUAUGGAAAAAUCUAUAUUAAUACAAUGUGAAAAGAUUAAAUAUAAAGUGUGUCAUGUGUAAAAAAGAGGCCUUUUUUGCAAGGGAAACAUUAAUUCAAAAUGAUAGAUAGAGAGUGUGUAUUGUGUUAUAUAAAUGCUUAAGUGGAAGCUCUGUAUAUAUUAAACUGUGGUUGAAUAUUGAACAUUUUUUGCUCAAGUAUUAUUACAUACAAUGUAUUACUCUUUACCUUUUUCUCUCUUCCAGAAAGCUUUGUUAACUAGUACAGUACUAGUACUUUUGUAAAGACUUGCAUUUCUGCUACAUCAAACGUCCAUAAUAAUAGGAUACAAUAUAUCCGUAUUGGAUGAUGCAACAAUUUUUUUUCGAAUCUGCAUGUUAAAAGAAGUUGGCACAUAAAAGUAUCUUCAUGAAAUUCAGCAUCAAUAAAAUGCUUGAUAUGAUGAUUUUGUGAACAUUUUUAGAUGAAAUUUUGUCCGUUAUCCCUUUCCUUUUUUUAAUGAGUAAAUAAGUGUACAACUAAACAAUUAUUUAUCACUUACCUGCACAAUACAGGAUAUAUUGGGACCCAUAAAACAUAUUGGACUUGCCCUUACUUGUCCAAUAUUUUUUUUGAAUGGAUAGGAGUGCAAAUAUAUUGCUGUAUUGUGACAGUGUUUAAUAACCUAAUAAUAUAGAUGAAUUUGCUUCGAGGCCUCCUGUAACAUGCAACCACUUGCAUUAAGAAGCCCGUUGCUUUACUAAUUGAAUUUUUAUUUCCACCUGCCUUAAAUGGACACCUACCUUGCACAGCCACAUGGAAUCACUUCCUGGACCAGCUGUUUAAUACAGUUUUCACUGUACAUUGUGUAUGUAGGAGUUUCUACAUGUACCUAUACACAUACUGAAAUCUUCACUCAGUAUAUCACAUUGACAUGAAAUUGUGCAAUAGAUGUUUAACUUAGUAGAUGUUGUUAGUUUUAUUAUUUAUUUGUUAUUUUCACAAUGUCUGUUUUAUUUAGAUGUUCUUCAUUUCGUUUGAAAUCUUACAUUUUCCAUCUUUCUAUGAAGGCAUAACUACGAAGUAUUAUUCAUGAGGGGCUAACUUCAAUGGAGUUAUCAGUUGCUUUCUUACACAAUCAUGGAAUAUUGUCUGCUUAUAGUGGGAAAUUAUUCUUGUGUAGCAAGUUGUUUUUGUUUUGUUUUUGUAAACUGCAUGGUAUGUUGUAUUCAGUUUUUUUCCAAAAUAUUAAAUUUGUCAUAUAUUACGAACUUCAGAUAUUCUUAGCUUUGAAUUGACUGACAAAGUCUGUGUUCAACAUUUUAACAGGUUCAUUUUUUUUUUGAUAUUGUUUUUGAAGUAUCAUAAUAUCAUAUUUGUUUCAAUGAAUUUUACCACUGACUUGCUUUUUAGUCCCCUACCAGUGGAACACCAGAGACGACUAUAGGAAUGCCUUGUCUGUCCAUCCGCAUCUGUAUCUUGCGAUAACUCAUAAAAGUAUUCAAGUUAGGUUCAUAAAACAUGGUAUGUGAAUAGAGGGCAAUAUGUAGAUUAUGCACAUACGUGAUUUAUACUUGAAGGUCAAAGUUAAAGGUCACUAAUGAAAGUCAACUAAAAAUGGUUUCUGCCCAGUAACUUUCAUAUGCAUUUAUGGAUUAUCUUAGUGCUACACUUGAAUGUUCUCUAAGACGAGACAAUAUGUCAACGCAUGAUCUAUGCUUGUUGGUUAAAGGUCAAGGUCACUGUUCAAGGUCAAGUAAAAAUUUGUUUCUGCUCCAUUACUUUUAAUUGCAUUGAAUAAUUUUCAUAGUACUACACAAAAAUGUUCCCCAUGAUUAGAUUAUGUGUCGCUCACAUGACCCAUUGUUGUAGGUCAACGGUCAAAGUCACUAUUGAAGGUCAAGUAAAAUUAUUUUUUCACCGGUAGGGCACUUCUGUAUUGCCAAUGCAAUACUCGGUCACUUGUUAAAUUAACCCUUUCCUCAGAGUUCAAGCCCAGCUGUGGUUGUUGUGCAAGGAAGCUCACCUGUGGAGGGAAUGGUUCUACCCAGUGGCCCCUCCUCCCUUGUCUGAAAUAAUGCUGGGCAAGUGGGUUCUUCUGCUAACAUUGAAAGCUUGAAAUCUGCCUUUGUUGCUCUACUCUUGAUAAAUUACACUUCUUGUUUGUUUUUGUCCAGUAUAUUUUAUUGUGAAAUAAAUUCAUAGAAACAUGUU